AUGAGAGGUGGACCCGCCCACGACGACCACGACGACGACCACGACGACCACGACCACGACGCCUCGAACCCUCGGCCCGAGCCGGAAGGCCUCCAUCGCCGCCCCGACCGUCCCGGCCGUCGCGGGCGGGUACACGCUCAAGACGUGGACUCCGUCCCGCAGCGUUUAAAUAAUGAUUUUUGGGGGGAUUGGGGUCGGGAGUUGGCGAUGACAGCCACGCGGUUGUCCAUUAUGGCCAAAUGGUUGCGACAGCUGCCGUGGAGGAGUUCAGCGGAAUCUCAUCUUUCAUGGAAUUUCUUCGUCUCCCGGCGGAGAAGGGACGUCACCCGCGGUGGUCGACCUGCGAAACGCGCGGAAGGCAACCCCCACGAAGGAGCCGAGGAGGAGCGACGCGAGGAAGGGCGAGCGAGCGCCCGACCUCCAUCUAAGCGGAUCCGCAGCCCUGCUCAAUUGCCCCCGCGCUUCCGCCUUCCUGCUCGCUUCCCUCUUCCUUCUCCGGCGAUGACUCCGUUGCGGAGGACGUGACACUCUCUUUAAAGCAUGAAAUAAGCGCAUGGAAGGGGAAUCGAGGGGAGGAAAGAAGGAACGUGACACCAAGUCAGAAGCGAGUCGUGUGCCGAGUGUAUUUGAACUCAUUAGAAAGAAGAAUUUUUUUCCUCACUUCCCGGAACUCUGUUGACUCUCGACCCCCUUCAUCGAUCUCACAUCAGGUGGAAAACAACCUUCUAUCUUACUUCUUCCUUCAC